GUAACAUCCCCGCACUUGUUGCGGAGUCAAGGCCGGAUCUCACCAAGAUCGGCAGAGGAAAAGUAAACAGUAUGAUAUCCCCAUUAAUUUAUGAUGGGGGUAGGGAACUUGCACUCUGCACCUUGGGCUUGAGCAUAGUGGCGCCAUGUUGAGGGAAUAUCUAGUCGCAGGCAUUCUGCUUGUUUCGCCUCUGCUGGGUGUAGCACAAGACCUCAUUCCUCCAAUCCUUGAAACAGCUGAUUCUUUUGUGGAAGAGACUUGGUCUAUUGAUUCAAGUCCGAAGGUCAUAUACAUCGACGAGAAGUUCGCGUCUGUAUCGGAUGAAGAUGGCCUGACUCUGAUUCCGCCUACCGCACACGAGUUCGCGACAACUUUUCAAGAUGAUCUUGCCAAGAUCACAGGAUCAAAAUGGACACUGAAGCGCGCCGACAAGCUUUCUAACAAUGCUAGCGGGAUCUCUCUUGGUUCAUACACCGGAGAAUCUUCUGAUCUCACAUACGAGAACGGCAAAUCGACAUCAGAAGGCUACGAGAUCAUCAUCAACUCCAAUCGCGUCUUCAUCGGUGGAUCAGGCGCUCGAGGAAUGUGGUGGGGAACCAGGACCUUUCUUCAACUUCUCCUAGCUGGCAACGGGACGAUCACGAGUACCCUUGGUCGAGAUGCCCCGGCUUAUGCUACCAGAGGAUACAUGCUUGAUGCAGGGAGAAAGUGGUACUCGAAGGACUUUCUCAAAGAGCUGUGCAGUUAUGCUUCGUUCUUCAAGAUGAAUGAGUUUCAUUAUCAUCUUAGUGAUAACUAUCCGCUGAAUCGUGGCAAGAAUGACAGUUGGAGGGAUGUCUACUCGCAUUUUUCGCUGUUACCGGAGGACAAAUCGCUGCGGGGUAUUCUUCAUGGACGAGAGAACGAGACGUUAUCGAGGGAUGACUUUAUGGAACUGCAGAGUCACUGCGCUUCUCGAGGAGUAACUGUCAUUCCGGAAAUUGAGGCACCUGGCCAUUCUUUGUAUCUCACCAAAUGGAAACCUGAGCUUGCCCUGGCCAAGAAGGAUUUGCUGAACUUGACGCAUCCGGAAACCUUACCAACGGUACAGAGUAUCUGGGAAGGGUUUCUACCAUGGUUCAAGACGAAGGAAGUCCAUAUUGGUGCCGACGAAUACGACGCCGAGCUUGCUGAUGACUAUAUCACCUUCGUCAACAAGAUGAGCCGUUUCAUCAAUUCUACAACCAACAAGCGAAGUCGAAUCUGGGGUACUCACGAACCAUCAAAACGCAACCAGACAAUCGAUAAAAACGUCAUCAUCCAGCACUGGCAAUACGGCCAAUCAGACCCCGUGCAACUCGUCAAAGAUGGCUACGAUGUCAUCAACUCAGAAGACUGGUGGGCCUACACAAGUCUCAAGAACGACCACAUGCCCAUUCUCCCAGCGCGCUACCCGCAGUUCUUUAACGAGAGUCGUGUUUUCAACUUUGCGGAUAAGGAGGAGUGGCAGUGGACGCCUGCUGAUUUUAAUCCUGUGAAUACGAGUCUGCAGCUUAAGAGUGAUGAGAAGAGGUUGAGGGGUGCUACAUUGGCUGCGUGGAAUGACAAUGGUCCCGAUGCGACUACGCAACUUGAAGCGUAUUACUCUAUGCGGAGGGGUAUUGCUGUAGUGGGAGGGAGGGCUUGGAGUGGAAGUCGAGGACUGAAGUUGUUGGAGGAGACGAGUGAUGCUAGUGUUGACUUUUACUCUCCUCGAGCUCCCGACCAGAACCUUGAUAGGGUGCUAUCUCUUGUGGCUAAUGGUACGUUGGUAUCGUGGACUCGUUCAGGUGGUGAUGGAAAAGAAGUUCACCUUGGUCAUGGGAGCAAGGGGAUGAACUACACCCUCACACUCUCCGUCACCGGCCCAUUCACCCUCUCCGGUCCCGACAAUACUCUAUCCCUGGAUAAGAGUGGAAACAUGGUCUUCACCGCUGAUGGAUGGGAGUACCCCCUUCGCAAGGUUACAAACGACGACGCGCUAGAUCUUGACCCCGGAGCUCCAGGUCGUAUAUGGAUCAACACUUCAUCCACGCACAAACCUGUCAAGGUAUCGGCUCCUGUUAACAUCACUUUGGUGACGGACGUCCUGCAUGGAACGGUUUUGUUCCGCGAUGGUGAAGUGUUAGGAAGGUUUGAAGUCUUUGUGUAUGGAGGAAGGAAUACGCAGUUUAGUUGGAGUCAGAUGGCGUUUGUUGCACCGCUGGAUAAGAUUGAGGGAGGUUUGGAGCGUUUGGAAUUGAGUGGAUCUUCUAACUUCACGGGAGCAAGUGAGACAGGUGGGGAAGAGCCUUCUGAUGUUCCUCCAGGGAGUGAUGCUGCUCGAUGCUUGGCUUCGUCCGCGUUCAUCACGUUAGGGUUAGUUGUGGGAGGCUUAUUGCAUGUCUUCUUUUGAAUACUACACUAGCCCCUGAGGUUUUGGUCAAUUAUCCUUUGUAAAGGCUGAAUCAAAAUGGAAGUCAAAUUUGUAUAGGUCUUAGAAUAGACACAGGUGAGUACCGCCAUAUAUGUAACAUGACUCUAUGCAAACCAACCAAUCACCAUUCGACAGAUUCACAA